AUGUUUGGUGAUGGUACCCAUUACAAGCUGGAAAAUACCGACAAGAGAGCAGUCACCCAUUACACCAAAUUAAUCGAUGCCAAUUACCACAAGCUUAGCUUCACAAUAGCUAAUUCUAUCUCCCAACGAGUCACUGUUGAUUGCUCUGCAAUAACGAGUAAAUUUAAAUCUGAUUGGAAUCUAAAUCCUUCCAACUACGUGCCACCACUUUAUACUGUUGUUCAUCAACACUCUACUACUAUAAAUCAAAGAAUUGAUAUGGAUGAAGAUAAUGAAUUAUUUCUUUAUUAA